AUGUGGCUAAAAGUGUUUUUAUUUAGUUUAAUAAUAUUUAUUGAAUUAACAUCCGCACAUUUAUUGCCGGGUAUUUAUUGUGGUGAAGAAAAUUGUUACGACAUCCUUAAUGUUACAAGAAAUUCGCUCAAAAAUGAAAUAUCCAAAAACUACCGACAUCUUGCAAGGAUAUAUCAUCCAGAUAUGCGAGAAACAGGCGAUGAGGAGAUAUUUAAGAAAAUAGCUAAUGCUUAUGAGAUUCUAAAGGAUGAAGAAGCUAGGAAAGAUUACGAUUAUAUGCUUGAUCAUCCUGAGGCAUAUUAUCAGAAUUACUAUAGGUAUUAUAGAAGGAAAGGACCGAAAGUUGAUAUACGUCUUGUCAUCUUCUCGACUAUUUCAGUCAUUUCAUUUGUUCAGUAUUUUGUAAAGAGAUCACGAUAUAAGGAAGCCGUUGAUUAUUUUGUGUCUGUUAAAAAGUACCGAAAUAAGGCAUUAGAGAUUAUUGCAUCUGAUAAAUCCUUACAAGAUAUCCUAAAAGAAGGCAAGAGAAGUAAGUUGUCAAAGACUGAAAUAAAAGAACUGCAAGAGAAGCAAAUUAGACAAGUCAUUGAGGAGAAUAUGGACAUUAAAGGAGCUUAUGAAAAGCCAAAUAUUUUUGACAUUCUGUGGAUACAGAUAAUAAUUUUACCCUAUACCUUAGCUAAAUAUAUUGCAUGGAAUGUAACUUGGAUCUAUAAUUUUACAAUCUUGCGUAAACCUUACGGUGACGAAGAGAAGCUUUAUUUAAUCAGAAAACAUUUGGGCAUGGGAAAGCAUCAAUUUAAUGCAAUAGAAGAAGAAACAAUCAGUGAAUAUCUUAGAAGAGAGUUGUGGAAAAAAGAUAAAUUUAAAGUAUGGAAGAAAGACCAAGAGGAAGAAAUGAAGGCUAAAAUGGCAGAAAGUAAUAGAUACAAAUCUUACCGUCGAUACAUGAAAAAUAACAAGAGUCGAAUUACAUUUGAUGAUUAA